AUGAAGAAAACCAAACUUUCCCGCCACCACCAACCACCCAACAUUGACAUCCCUCCAAACCAAGAACCUCAAGAAGAAGAAGGAGAGCAUCACAUUCUCAAACUGCCAAACCGCGUUGUGCUAGAGUUCUUCUGCAAGAUCCCAACAAAAUGGCUCGCCCAAUGCAAGUGUGUGUGCAAGUCUUGGCGCCGGUUGCUCUCCGACCCUCAUUUCACCAAAGCCCUCCUUGCACGAACACCCACUUACCUUCUGCUCCGAGACACUUGUUACGUCAAGAGCCUGGUCAUCUUCGACUUCGAAAAAGCCUCCAACAGAAAAAUGUCGGACUUCUACGACGUGCCCAAAACCCAAGACGACUGCUUGGCCAAGCUCUCCGGAGACCCGAAUGGCCUCAUCUCCAUGGAGGCCGUGGUCAUCGGUUCAUGCAAUGGCUUCCUCUGCAUACACAAUGACUGGCCUGACCCUUGGCGUCUUUACAUCUACAACCCCAUUACUGGUGAGUCUCUGACUCUUCCGACCCCUAAGAUGAGAUGCUCGUUUUUUUGUGGGUUGGGGUAUAGUGCUGUAAGUGAUGUGUACAAAGUUGUCACAAGUAUCCGAGUGAUGGUCCUGAUAAUAAAAGGGAGGUGA